GCCAGUGCGUAUGGUCUCCCAAAAUCAGUAGUCGUGUAAUACGCACUGCGCUAUUAUGUUCUCCCAAAGAGACAAAACGUUCAUAACACCGUGAAAUAACCACUAAGUUCACCAAGUGGGUGCUAAGUUACAAUAAGUGAUUGAAAACCGAUAAUUCCGCUGUUUUCAAUUCCCUGAAAACAAUUAUCGCAGUUACCCGGGGAAUACGAGCCAGCAAUAGUAUAAACACGAAGGAUACAUGUGUUAUUGAUAAAGUGCUUGUUACACAUGUGGAUUAGCCGUGAAAGAGUUUUGAAAAAAUGACCGAGUGCACAUUUAUGUGAUAAAGGGUGUUUCAAAUUUUUAGUUUUCCUUUUCAUUUUUUUUUUACCAUUAAAUUUCGCCCUGUGGUUCGGUAAAAGCCAAUUGAACGAGAGCAACGGGAUUAUCGAAAAUGGCUGUGAGAUGCUGUGUACCAGGGAUGUAUGUGAUAAGCGCGGGUUUGUUGUGCCUCAUCGCGGGGUUCGGCGGUGUUCGGGGAUCGUGUCACUGGUCGUCCGACGGCAAUGAGACCCGCUCGGCGGUGUGCACCCUGAGAACACUGGAGCCAUCGGGUGUUGCUGCACUCCUGCCACCCCUUGACGGUGCAUUUAGAUUGCGCCUCGAGUGCAGCAAUGUGCACCAUUUCGAGAGCAUAAUAUCCGGCGAGAGUUGGCACCGUUUGAGUGGCCUCCACGAAUUAUUCAUUGACAAUUGCAAAGUCCUGAGAAUACCGGAGGCGGCAUUUCAGCCGUUCGGUGAAUUAAAAAAAUUGACAUUGCGGACGAAAAAUUCCGAGUGGAGUAUCGGUAGGAAUUUGGAGCUCGCUCCCGAGGCACUCGCUGGCCUGCGCGAGCUUCAGACGCUCGAAAUAGCUGAUAGCAAUCUCCGAAUACUACCGAGGAAUGUUCUCUGCAGUCUCAACAAUCUCCAAAUUCUCAAUCUUACUGGAAAUCAAUUUAGGGAGAUGAGCGAGGUUGGAUUAGCCGAUGCACGAGCCAAUCGCGCCGAUUGUCACGCCGAUAUACGUAUACUGGAUCUGUCGCACAAUGAGAUUAGGAAUUUACCGGAGGACAGUCCAUUGUCGGGUCUCCGACAACUCCAGGAGCUCUACCUCCAGCACAAUGGAAUCGACGAAAUAGCUAGUGAUGCACUGACAGGACUCACUAGUUUACGUGUAUUCAAUGUGAGCUACAAUUCUUUGGAUACACUGCCGGAAGCGCUGUUCGCCUCAACGCGGGAUCUCAGGGAGAUCCAUCUGCAGCGAAAUGAGUUGAGAAAUUUGCCCCGGGGUAUAUUCACUCGUUUGGAGCAGCUACUUGUGCUCAAUCUCGCUGGCAAUCGUUUGGGCAGCGAUACUGUCGAUGAAAUGUCCUUUCUGGGACUGAUAAGGCUCAUUGUUCUCGACUUAUCGUACAAUUCAUUGUCCCGCAUCGACGCGCGAAUGUUCAAGGAUCUGUUCUUUCUUCAAAUCCUGGAUUUGCGUAAUAAUUCAAUUACACACAUUGAGAGUAAUGCAUUCUUGCCUCUGUACAAUCUUCACACACUGGAGCUCUCGGAGAAUCGUCUGCACUCGAUUGGUCCGCAGUUGUUCAAUGGAUUAUUCGUGCUCAAUCGUCUGACACUGUCUGGAAAUUUGAUCGUUACCCUGGAUCCUCUGGCAUUCAGAAAUUGCUCGGACCUGAAGGAACUCGACCUGAGCGGUAAUGAAUUGACAGCGGUCCCGGAGGCCCUCCGUGACCUCACCUUUCUGAAAACUCUGGAUCUUGGGGAGAACAAGAUAACAGAGUUUCACAAUGGCUCCUUCAAAAAUCUCAAUCAACUUACGGGUCUCAGACUCAUCGGAAACGAGAUUGGUAAUCUCUCUCGUGGAAUGCUGUGGGAUCUACCCAAUCUUCAAAUACUGAAUCUGGCUAGAAACAAGGUUCAGCACGUUGAGAGAGAGGCCUUCGAGCGUAAUAUGCGUCUCGAGGCCAUACGCCUGGAUGGAAAUUUCUUGUCCGAUAUUAAUGGAAUAUUCGCGAGCAUAACCAGCCUUCUACUCCUGAAUUUAUCGGAAAAUCAUAUAGAGUGGUUCGAUUACGCCUUCAUCCCCAGUAAUUUAAAAUGGCUGGAUAUACACGGAAAUUUCAUCGAGAGCCUCGGAAAUUACUAUCAAAUACGCGAUCUCAAAGUGCGAACACUCGACGCAAGUCACAACCGAAUAACUGAACUUACACCAUUGUCAGUGCCUGAUAGUGUUGAACUGUUGUUCAUUAAUAAUAAUUACAUCAGUAAUGUUCAUGCCAAUACAUUCGCCGGUAAAAUUAAUCUGACUCGUGUUGAUAUGUACGCCAAUAUGAUUGAAACAAUGGAACUUGCUGCACUAAGGCUGACACCAGUGCCGGAGGGUAAGUUCCUCCCCGAAUUCUACAUCGGUGGUAAUCCUUUUAAUUGCAAUUGCUCGAUGGAUUGGCUGCCAGUGAUAAACAACAUGAGUGCACUGCGACAGCAUCCACGUGUUAUGGACCUUGACAAUGCGAUGUGCCGGAUAUCCGGUCCCCGCGGUACAGCCAUGGUGCCAGCAUCAAUGGCAAGACCGGAACAAUUUCUGUGCCGUUACGAGGCGCACUGUUUUGCCCUGUGUCACUGCUGUGACUUCGAUGCAUGUGAUUGUGAAAUGACAUGUCCAUCAAAUUGCAAGUGUUAUCACGAUCAAACGUGGAAUACAAAUGUUGUUGAUUGCUCGGGCUUAGCUACCCAGGAUAUACCCCGUAAAAUCCCGAUGGACGCUACCGAAGUGUAUUUGGACGGCAAUGACUUUCGCGAAUUGCAAAAUCAUGUGUUCAUUGGACGUAAAAAUAUGCGCGUACUGUAUGUGAAUGCAAGUGGUAUUGAAUCAAUCCAAAAUCGAACAUUCAAUGGCCUAAAUAAUCUCCAAACUCUUCAUCUCGAGGAUAACAAGAUUCACGAGCUCAAGGGCUUUGAAUUCGAGCAUUUGGUUCACCUGCGUGAACUCUAUCUGCAGAACAAUCUCAUUGGUUUCAUUGGCAAUCUCACUCUACUGCCACUGAGAUCACUGGAGAUAUUACGACUCAAUGGAAAUCGUCUAGUCACGUUUCCGGUUUGGCAAGUCACCCUUAACACGCGUCUUGUUGAGUUGUCACUCGGUGGUAAUCCGUGGUCAUGUAGGUGUAAAUUUCUCCAAGAACUGUCUGCCUGGGUGUCUGAUAAUGCCCACAAGGUUAUAGAUGCCAGUGAUGUAUGGUGUUAUAACAAUGAAGCUAGGCCAGCUUAUCGUCGUCGUCUCAAUGUCAAUGAGACAGCUUGCUCGGAUUACUUUGCUCAAGGCGGAGUCAUUGAGAGCAUAAUGGUAUCCGAUUACCUGCCCAUGGUUGCAGCAACUCUCUCAGCUGUACUGCUACUCCUUGUAAUUACGGUGCUGGCCUUUAUAUUUCGCGAGCCCGUACGUACAUGGGCGUAUUCGCGUUACGGCGUCAGAUUUUGGGCGAAAACAGCCCAACCAGAGGAUAAAGAGCGCCUGUACGACGGAUACUUCUGCUACAGUCCCAAGGACGAGGACUUUGUAUUGCACUCGUUGGCUGUUGAAUUGGAGCAUGGACCCAGUGGUUUACGUUUGUGCCUUCAUCAUCGUGAUCUACCUUGUCUACGAGCUGCUGCACCAGUUGUACUGGAAGCUGCUGAGGCAUCAAAACGAGUUGUCAUUGUACUGACGAGAAAUUUCUUGCAAACUGAGUGGUCGCGUUUUGAGUUUCGUGCUGCUGUACACGAAGCCCUGAGGGGUCGGCCUGGUCAGCUGGUUGUCGUGCAGGCUGGCCCUGUCACACCUGAGGCGGAAGCUGAUCCAGAACUGAGGCCUUAUUUGCGUACAGCAACAACACUGAGAUGGGGUGAAAAACGCUUUUGGGAGAGAUUGAGAUUUGCAAUGCCACCUGGUGAUGCACUGAGACGAAAAUCAUCGUCAUUGUACAGGAGAAAUGUUAAUACGUAUACGUUGGAGGGUAGACCGGAGAAGGAGACGUCGACGUUGCGUGUACAUGGCCACAUACCUGGACAUCAUCAUCCAUUGUUCAAGGAUGCACCGGAAUUGUUACAAGCACCACCGGCAUACUCAAGUACAGCUACACUCGGUCAUAAUAAUCAAGUUAGGCUCGAGCCAGGUGGUAGAGAUACCCCGGUGAGCUCGGCGGCAAGUCCAAGCCCGAGGCUCACGAUGAAUCGUGCCUACCAGGAAGGACCAUUGGAUGCUAUCAAUGAGAGUAGAAGACCAUUAUCUGAGCACAUUUACUCUUCCAUUGACUCGGAUUAUUCGACACUCGAGAGAAAUGCCUGGAGACAACAGCAACCACCACCACCUGGUCAAGCGUAUCUUGUGUAACUUCCAGGGGGAAUUUUGCGUGAACAAGUACUCAAGUUUCUUCGGCAAAGGUUGUGUGCUCCCUCGGACUGUUAUCUAGUGUAGUGCGAGGAUAUGCAUCGAGACGAUGAUAAUGCCCAAUGCAGUGCUAAUGUGCGAUGGAAUACUCGUCGUUCACACCGACGUCUAGUCAAAGGGAAUUGUCUUGGCUCGUGACGUCACAGGUGGAUAAUUUCGUUGUUACGAGGGAUGGUCGGAGGCUAGUGGUAGUGAACGUCUUGGCCUCUGACGUUUGUGGAAAAAACCAGUGAAUUGUGACGGUUGUGUGCUCCCUCUCCACUAAUCAUUAUAGGUAUUCACCCUUCUCCCCCAUUUGCAUUCGCUCUCUUCCACUUUGUCUUUUGUGAUAUUGUUUGUUACUGUAACUUUUUUUAUUUCCAUCUUUUGUAUUGCAGAGUUCGACUGGAAUUUUGUAACCAGUGGAGUAGAAAUAUUGUGCUCAAUAAUUGAAAGAUAUUUUGCUUUGAGGGCCUUUUAUUGGGUGAGAAAGGGGUAAUUAAUUCGUAUUCUUUCUUUUCGUUAGCGUCAAAGGACUGAUUCUUUUGUACUCAUUAAUUAAAUAUCUUUCAUUAAAAACGUAGCGGCGUAAUAUUGGUUUCAUAAGCUCGCUCUUGCGUUUUUUGAAAUUGAAAUUAGCCAUCAAAGAGAUAAGGAAAUCCCGCGGAUUUCCAUUGAAUAUCAAUGAGCUGAUUUUUUUUUUAUCAAUCUUUUUUUACUGCAAAGCAAAGGAAAAUCGUAGACGCGUUAUAGUUCUAUCGUUCGCCCGUCCUCAAUUAAGAAAAGUAUAAUUUGUUCUGUUUUUUUAAUUCCUUUUUUGUAACAUUGCAUUGUAAAGUACCGAUGGCCUACCUCGCCAAUGACUAAAUAACUUAAAGAAACAAAACAUGAUAUUAUUUACUUAAUUAAUUAUUCGCUUAACGAAAUAGUCAUGGGUGGGGGCUUACGAGAGCACCCAGCGUGGCUCGGCUGUAAAUAUUUACUCUUCUAUAUAUAAUAUAUAUACGAAAAAACUGUAUAAAUUUUCAGAUAAAAUUACGUUCGUAAUGAGACGAGUGCAACUGAAUGAGAGCAGUAGUGAGAGAAAAUACUGAUGAAGAAAAAAAAUGAGACCCGAGUUAGGGAAAAAAACUAAUGAGAAUGUAGUUAGGCAAUGUUUUCUAAUUUUAUAUGACUGAAUAGCAAGAGAAAGGAGAGACGUGUAUGAGAGAGAUGUUGUAUGAUAUGUACAUAUGUAACAAACUUUUCGCCUGAUGUAAGAUAAUACUCGCCAUGAAACAAAAAAAAAUUAUCUGAGAAAAAAAUUAUCAAUUAAUGAAUAAAUGUAAAUCAGAUUUAAACUCAAAGUAAAGAAAAGAGAGACGACAGAGUGACAAAAAUGUUCGAACAAAAAUACGUAUAAACGCUCUUAUACGAAUCUAAACUAAACCCUAAAUGAAAAAAAUGAAAAACCUACGUUGUACAUUUGCUAUACUUCAAUUAUUUAAAUCAUGUGAAUAAAUUUAUAACUUACGUUAUCGUUUCAAUUUAAAUUAAAAACAAAAUGCAUUGAGUCAA